AUGUCUGCCUACUACAGGAAUAAUGGGUAUGAGGGAGAUCCAGAUUACCCUGACUAUUCGGGGUCUUGGAACAAUAUGCAGGGGUAUUCAAAAACUCAGAAUUAUCCAGAUUUUCCAGGUCCUCUGGACAAGCCAGACUACCCCCACACCAGGAACAAUCCAUACUCUGCAGGAUCCAGAACAAGUUCAGACUAUUCCAGUUUGCUAGCAGAACCAGACUAUCCUGGAUCUCCCAGUAAUCCAGACUAUCCUAGCACCAGGAACCAUCCAUAUUCUGCAGCCUCCAGAACAAGUCCAGACUAUGGCAGAUCUCUGCCAGAGCCAGAUUAUAUUGAAUUUCAGAGCAAUCCACACCACUCAGGAUCAUCCAGAGAGCCAGGAUACCAUGGAUCUCCAGAAAAUCCUGAUUUUGCAAGUUCCAGAAGAAGUGGAAACUUUGCAGUAUUCAGAAAAAAUUCAGAUUCUUUUGGCUCCUUGGGAGAACCAGACUACACUGGAGCUCAGAUCAACCCUAACCAUCUUGUCCCCAGAGCCAAUUCCGACAAUCCAGGCUCCAGAAAGGAUCUAGAGUAUGCUGGUUCCAGAAUCAAUUUAUUCACAGACUCUUGGGGAAAGCCUGAUUAUCCAGGUGCUGAGAAUCAACCUAACUCUCCAUAUUUGGAGGGGGAACCAGACUAUCCUAAUGCUGAGAACUAUCAGAACCCUCCGAAGUUUUUGGGGAAACCUGCUUACCCAGAUGCUGAAAAUUGUCAUGAUUAUGGCUCUUCUGAGACCCUGGAAAUGACCAGGGGGGUGCUUGGCAGAAAAUCUUCAAUCCAGCCCUCAUUUCAUCUCAGGGGCGACGGCCCCUUGGGCUUCCUUGGGAGAGAGAAUGAAGAUUACCCCAAAAGCAUUGAAAUGACAUCCAUGGAGAUGGUAAAUCCAUACAGCUGGUCUCUAUCAGGUGUUCCUGGAAAUGGCUAUGUGAACCCUGCUUAUGUUGGUGAAAGUAGCCCUGUCUCUGCUUGUGUAAACACCUAUUUGUCUGAAUGUGAUUGGCACAAGUCACCCCAAGCACAAAAGUUAAUUGCAUCUCUGAUACCCAUGACAUCUAGAGACAGAAUUAAAGCCAUCAGGAACCAGCCAAGGACGAUGGAAGAGAAGAGGACCCUUAGGAAAAUAGUUGACAAAGAGAAAAGUAAACAGUCCCAUCGUAUCCUUGAGCUUGACUGCUGUGCUCAGUGUCUGAACUCUGUUUUACGGGCUUACCGGAGAUCCAAGAACAGCCUGUCAGAAUUCCUAAGUUACAUCAGCCCGUGGCAGAAGACCCUGAAGGUCAUCGGAGGCAAGUUCGGAACCAGCGUCCUCUCCUAUUUCAACUUUCUCAGGUGGCUUUUGAAGUUCAACAUUUUCUCAUUCAUCGUGAACUUCAGCUUCAUUGUAAUCCCUCAGCUUACCGUGGCUGAAAGGAACACCCUCCAGUUCACUGGAUGGGAGUUUUUAACUGGGACGGAUUAUUUUAGGGACACAGUGAUGUUCUAUGGCUUUUACACUAAUGCCACCAUCCAGCACGGGAGCAGUGGAGCCGCCUACAACAUGCAGCUGGCCUACAUCUUCACGAUUGGAGUGAGCUUCGUCAUCUGCUUUUUCAGUUUGCUGUUCAGCAUGGCAAAGUAUUUCCGGAACAACUUCAUUAGCCCCCACAUUUACUCCCGAGGGAUCGCUAAACUUAUCUUUUGCUGGGACUUCACUGUCACUCAUGAAAGAGCUGUGAAGCUAAAACAGAAGAAUCUUAGCACUGAGAUAAGGGAAAACCUGUCCGAGAUCUGUCAGGAGAAUGCCAAGUCGACGUUCAGUCAGCAGCUGACCCGCUUCUCUGCCCGCAUGGCAACCUGGAUUGUCUCUACUGGAGUGGCCAUUGCCUGCUGUGUAGCUGUUUAUUAUCUGGCUGAGCACAACUCAGAGUUCCUGAGGAAGCACCCGAACCACGGGGCGGUAGUGUUACUGCCUUUCCUCGUGUCCUGCAUCAACCUGGCCGUGCCCCGCUUCUACUCCAUGUUCGGGCUGGUGGAGAGGUACAAGACGCCGCGGCACGAAGUCUACAUCGUACUGAUCCGCAACAUCUUGCUGAAAAUAUCAAUCAUUGGAAUUCUUUGCUACUACUGGCUUAACAUCGUAGCCCUGUCUGGUGAAGAGUGCUGGGAAACUCUCAUCGGCCAGGAAAUUUACCGGCUCCUUCUGAUGGAUUUUGUGUUCUCUUUAGCUGAUUCCUUCCUGGGGGAAUUUCUGAGGAGAAUCAUUGGGAUGCAAUUUAUCACAAGUCUUGGCCUACAGGAAUUUGACAUUGCCAGGAACGUUCUAGAACUGAUCUAUGCACAAACUCUGGUGUGGAUUGGAAUCUUCUUCUGCCCUCUGCUGCCCUUUAUCCAAAUGAUUGCUCUUUUCAUCAUGUUUUACGCCAAAAAUAUCAGCCUGAUGAUGAAUUUCCAGCCUCCGAGCAAAGCCUGGAGGGCCUCACAGAUGAUGACUUUCUUCAUCCUCUUGCUCUUUUUCCCGUCCUUCACCGGUGUCCUGUGCACCCUGGGCAUCACCAUCUGGAGGUUAAAACCUUCAGCUGACUGUGGCCCAUUUCGAGGUCUGCCUUUCUUCAUUAACACCAUCUACAGCUGGAUCGACACUCUAAGUAGAAAGCCUACCUACCUGUGGGUUGUUUGGAUUUAUCGGAACCUCAUUGGAAGUGUGCACUUCUUUUUUAUUCUCACCCUCAUUGUGUUAAUCAUUACCUAUCUUUACUGGCAGAUCAUAGAAGGAAGGAAGAUUAUGAUCAGGCUGCUCCAUGAACAGAUCAUUAAUGAAGGCAAAGAUAAAAUGUUCCUGAUAGAAAAGUUGAUCAAGCUGCAGGAUGUGGAGAAAAGAGCAAACCCCAGGUCACUCAUACUGGAAGGGAGGGAGACGGAGCAAAAAGGCCCUCUGCAUUUGGGGGAACAUGAUGCUAUGCCUGGUGAGUAA